AGGCGGCGUGGAAUCCUGGCUGUGUUUAAUUGCAGAGUGGCAAGAUCUGAGGGAAAGAUCGGGAGCCGCUGCGUCUGUCAACGCUUUACGAGCCCCAACCCCGGGAGAGAGAGAGAGAGAGAGACGGGGAAGGUGUAGGAAGGAAGUGUUUGGAGUUUGGGAAUGGUUGAGCUGGGGAAUUUUUACGCAGUGGGGAGGUAAAGAAAGAGGUGAAACGCUGAAGUAAGACUUCUGAGUUGGAGAAAAAAAAGGCGGGAGGGAAAGAAAAGAGGCCCACCAUUGGAGAAAGAGCAACGAGAGGGAAAAGUGGGGGGAAAAAAAGAGUAAGUUAGAAAAAGGAGGAAGGAAGGAAGGAAGGAAGGGGGAGGUGAGUGAAAAGUUAGAGAGGGAGAGAGAGAGAGAGAGAGAGAGUCAAACGCAGUGAACGAGAGGAGACGCAGAUGAGAAAAACAGACGCUGUGGAUGGCCUGGGUGGAGAGAGAGAACCCGUUGCUUUCUAAGUCGCCUUUCAGGCUGGAAUGCACUCGGAGAAUUUGAGAUUCCCAACGCCUUACUGCCAACUUUGCUUGCGACGCACACCGGGCCCCGCAGACGGAUCAUGUCUGCGUAUGGAGUCCGGAGUAGCCCCGUUCCCAAAGGAGUUGGGGAUGGAGCGAGCGGAGAGGACUGGAGCAUCACUGGUUUACUCCGACGAGAUCCGACAUCCGUGCUACAGGUGGGACUCGGCUUGCGUUCGGGAGAUCCGGCGAGAGUGUGGAUGCGUCCAGCGGUGGUAUUACCCAGAGCUGUUGCAUCCCUUCAACGGUGACCAUGUUUUGAAGGUCAGAGGUCACCGGUGCUACUCAUCCUAUGUUCAGGAAAGGGACAACAUUCAUCAGCCGGAAUAUAACGGACAUUGCGAGAGGAGACGGGUGUCAUUCCGGCAUCACGAGGAGCGACCCGAGACUGGAAGACAAUCACACUGUAAUGGGCCGAACUACAAUCAGCCAGGUUUUUUCCCAACUGAGGUGCCCUCGAGCAAGCUGGGCCGGUCCAAGACACUCGGGAACAGACUGCAGGUGAAUGGACCGCAGCGGGAGGACGUAAGGACGUCUCGGGGGGACGAGGGUCUGGAGAAACAUGGCAAGCAGAGGAAGAGCCAGGGAACAGUACGGGAACAGAUCAAACAAGUGGUCACCGAGCUCGAGGAAGUGCUGGGUGGUCUCAAACAGGUCCAGUUGGAGAUGAAAGAGGUCGUCCAACAGAUCGACAUUCUGACGUCUAAUAUUGACCUUGGUGAAGACGAACCAAGUCUAUCCAAUGCACUCUCCCAAGAUGCCACCAAAAGCAGUCGGAUUGGUGUUGUGGCACUGAUCCACAAUUCAAACAGUGAAGAGGACGUGUCCACUUCCAAUUCCUCUCUCGCUCACAGCCCUGUCACUGUGGAUUUAGUUCACAUUAACAGUCCUUCACCGAUGAGAAACUGCACAAGUCUAUCCCCUCCUGAGCAACGAUCCGUUACUGUUGAGGAUAAAGGCAAACGAGUUGUGAAACAGAGCUCAGAGACUCAAAGGACAGCCAAUGGAAACUGCCUACCACAUCGGACGGCAAGGAAAGGCCAGAUGGAAAACCACAGACCCCCUGCAGCUCCAGCAGUGUGCACUAACUCAAAUAAAACCCAACGGCCUCCACCUUACCCUCAGAACGGACAGGUGAAGAUGAGGAUGCCCCCCUAUCCUGGAAAACAUAAGGCGCUCUCCUCCACCGUAGUGGACUGAUGCCACACAACCCCGCUGACUCACACCGGAGGACGGAGAAUCCCGGGCCGAGGGGCAGAGACUGUAUUUCCCAUGGAAAACACCAGAAGCUUCUCCAAGCCCUCUUUCUCUCUCACACCCCUGCUGAAAGAAAGCCUGGACCAACUUAGAGUCACCAUGAGAUGGCAUUGACAGCUCGGUUUACUUAUAAAGCCUGAUGUAUUUCUGAUUGAAACUUAGUGAGGAAACGUGUGAGUCAUGUGAUAAAGGGGCGGGGUCACAAAGCAAGAGGGACUUGUGAUGUCAGCUGAAUAGGAAAGUCGUUUCAGAGGCAGAGCAAGUUGUUUAAUUCUGUUGAAAGAUUAUGAAAACGGGCAUAAAAAAAAUAGGAAAAAUGUGCAUCAAGUAUUUUGAAACAAACAUGAACGUAUAUCAAGAAAGGAAAUAGGGUCAGAUUUAAGUUUUUGUUUUGUCAAAAUAUAGUUUAAAUUUCUUUUGGGAAAUAUAUGCAUUUAAAAUGUACAGACUUUUUCCCUCCAGGAAACUGGCCCAAAAAUAUUGAUCUUGUUUGCUGGGAUUUGCAUAGAUAUAAAUAGACAUAAAUUCUGAUCCUUAGCAACUACAUAAAAAACACCUUAGCAGCCGUAUUGCAAAGUUCUGAAACACUCAGAAUUAUGAACUUAAAUUUAAAUAAAUAGUUAUAUUUAAAAGUGCUGAACUGAAUUAUAAAUGUCUUUUGUGAUAUUUAAUAUAUAUAUUAAAAAAAAUUUAUAUAUGCAUUUUAUCAGAUUUCAGAAAUGUCUGUCGCUGUAAAAAAAAAACUUUUUAAUAUUACAUUUUAUAUUAAUGAAAUGAAUAACAACUUAAUAUUGAUAUAAAUGCACCUGGAAAUUUUUAAAGUUAAAUUAUUAAAAUGAGCUCUAGACUGAAAACAGCCCCAAUCCUAAAAGAUUAAAUCCAAGUGCCUCUGUAAUCAGCAAUAGCAAGUUACAAGUGAUGAUUCGUCCGUGUGUUUGAUUGCACUAAUGCUCAUAUUUAUUUCCUUCUCCAAACAUUUGGUAGGAAGUGACUGGAAUUUAUUCAUUUUUAAAGUGUAGUUUUGCCUUUGGUCCACUAAGUGUAGUUUUGCGGGGCUGGGACAUAAACUAAAGACUUUUAAAAAAGAGACCUAGUUCCUGUUUCAGUAGGAAAUACAUCAGCACAGGAAAGAAAACCAAGCUCAUCAAGCCAUUUCAUGGGACUUGAACAUGCAUUGUCCUUGUUAUUCAGGCUGAGUGAGCUAAAGCUGUUUGGGGUCACUUCAGCAGGGUCUCUCUCUCUCUCUCUCUCUCUCUCUCUAGCUGUGCUGCUGUGUGAACCUUUUGGAACAAGCUGCCCUUCUUAACUAACCUGUGACCUGAUAUCUGCGUGUUUCUCCUUUAAAGGAACCACAACCGAGGAAUAAGCUGCUUUAGGUUGGAAAUGAUGACUUGAGCUCUCAGAUUUAUGCAAACUAUCGCCAGCGCUCACAUGGAUCUGAAAGACUCUGACUAGUGCCCAGCGAACAGAAAUAUGUUCUUAGAAUGUUGCUUCUGUUACAAACAGUUUUUAAAUCCAUUUUUCUUGGUUAUAGGUGAACAUUAAUGGAACAUUCCAUUUUAGAAUUUUGCAAACAUUAGAGAAACGUUACUUUUAAGUGUUCUCUAAAUCUUUAGAGACAAGUUUUAAGAACAUUCAUCAAAGCCAGAUAAGGUUUUUUUUUUGUUUUUUUUGCAUUUUUUACCAUAACUUUGAGAGAACAUUCCUUGUUUGCUGGGUAGACAGCUGAAAUGCCUAAAAAGAGAAAGUUUUCUUAAUAUUUUUAUUUUUACUAUUAUUAUUUAGACCAAAGAUUGAAAUUAUUAUUAUAAUUUUUUUGUUCAGGGAGGCUGAAGGAUUUGGAAUUAUGUUAAGCUAAAGCUAAUGAACAUUAACAUGGCCUCAAAGGCAGCUCAUAAAACCACUUCAGAGAGGUAUACAGCUAAUAUCUGCUGAAACAGAGUUUAUCCUUCUGGAUCCUAACACAGUAUUGCAUCUGUGGACUGGAGUUAUUUAAUCAGUAUUUAAAGCCAGUAUAAGCCAUCUUUAUAGACUGUUGAAAUCAUGUAGUGGCAUUUUCACUCUGUGGCCGAUAGAGGGCGCUUCAGACCACACAACGACAGAAAGGUGACGCAACUGACACGUGAAUGUAGCUCACAUGAAAUAAAACAUUAAGUGUGUAUA